AUGCAGACUACUUCUACAAACAUUUGUGAAAGAAUGUGCAAUAAGCACAUCCGUGAAGAAGUUUCCCUGCUACUAAAUAUUCCGCGGUCAACAGCUAGUGGUAUUAUAACAAAGUGGAAAACUGGGAACAACAGCAACUCAAACAAGAAGUAGUAUGCCACGUAAAAUGACAGAGCGGGGUCAACGCAUGCUGAAGUGCACAGCGCGCAGAAGUCACCCACUGUCUGCAGAGUCAAUAGCUAAAGACCUCCAAACUUUGUGUGGACAUCAGAUUAGCACAACAGUCUAUAGAGAGCUUCAUGGAAUGGGUUUCCAUGAAUAAUCAGUAGAUGAAUACAA